CCUUCCUUCCUUUUUCUCUUCACAGAUUCCAAAAAACGAGAUCGUAAAAACCAUUUCUUCUCUUUUCCCGAUCACCGGAAGUUACAUUUUCCUCUCCUUUUACGGCGGAACGCCGCGGCGGUGGUGGAUGGCAAGAACCAAUAAAUAUACCUCCCUUAACUUUAACGACAUCUACGAGAAGAAAACUACUCCUAACUCCGCCACCUCUGGUAAAUCAAACUCUUCUUCAUCGUCGUCGUUCGAUAGUCGUAACAAGACUAUUAUCUCCAACUCUCGUAUCCAUGGACAUAUGCUUGUUCUGAGUCGGCCUACUCCAAAGCCAAUAUCUAUUCCACAAACCCAGCCUAUUCCGAUCCAGCAACAACCUAAGUUACAGAGCCCGAGCCCACCGGAUCAAAUCCGAGCUGGAGCUGAAUCGGACUCUAUUUCGCUUCGUCCACAAGGCCGUACUGGGGCCGGACCCACCACCACCCCCACACUUUCAUCAUCUCCUGUGAAUCCGCCUUCACCUUUGCAAUCGCCUUUGCCUAAGUCGAACCGGUUCGUGCCUCCACAUCUUAGACCGGGAUUUGUAGGCAGGGAGGAGAAACCGGUGCCGGAUGUAGCGAAGGGUGGUCAGGGAGUGAGAGGUAGACCGGAGGUUGGGGCUGGGCAUCAUCAUCAUCAAGGAUAUCUUGGGUCGUCACCUAAUAGGUACGGAGAGAACGGUAGGCCGAAAUCGGGAGGUGGGUAUGAACGAAUGAGGAGGGGAUUUAGCGAGGCUGAUUCUGUGAACUUUGUGUACCGGCCUAGUUCUAGCGGGGCUCGGCCCAACUCUAGUGGAUGAUGACAUCAUGAUCCUGAUGGAGCUUAGCUCCCCCCUUUGCCGAUGAGGAUGGAGAGGUCUUUUCUGAGGCAAUUAGGCUUUUGCAAGAUCAGCUGUGGAUGGAUGUUAAUGUUUAUUGAAGUCAUGGAAGUUGGAUUAUGACCAGGUUGCUCCUUUUGUCUGCAGUAAUCCCAGUAACCAAAUCAGGAGUUGCUGGUGUUAAACGAAGACGUUCAAGGAUCAAAUUGUUUCUUUCAUUUGUCACCUUCUAAUUUUCUUUGCUUUCGUGUCUACCUUCUCUGCUCUCUCCAGAAGAGAGAAGGCUUAGAUGAAAUUUAGUGUAUUGUAUGUUUUACUCUGUUAUACUGUGCAACUACCAUAAAUUGGUGUAUUCUGAUGAUCUGCUACCACCAUCACCAUAUUGUACUUUCAGACUAUCUGUACCAACAGUGCAUAUGAAUUUGUUUCUGUUUUCAA